AUGAGUGAUUACACGAUGAACCCAGAGGCCUCGAAGGCUAUUACAGACGCCGAAAAGGAUGAACUAUACAAGUAUACCCUCAAGGUAAUUCUUCUUGAAUAUUGUAAUGAAACUCGAUUCAGAACACCCAUUAUAACACCAAACAGGUCUUCUCACACGACGACGACAACAUCAUCACGACUGAGCAUGUUGCUUGAUUCAGUACUACCGAGCUACGCGAUAAAACUGCUAAUGUCUCGAUUACAAGAUGUCAUGACAAAGAAGACUUCAUUAACAGAUGAGAAAACCCGACGAUCAUUGCUUAGACUUUAUGGAGAUCUAUUAGACACGAAAAAGAGUGCUGAUUUGCGCAACGUUGACUUUUUGAUUCCCAAAUUUGCGGCAUAUGCCAAUCAGGAGUUGAGAAAAGUUGGGGUUGUGGAUGAAAAUGAGAUCAAAUCUGAAGUAUUUCGACAGAGCUCUGAGUUUAUCGACAUCUUGAUUGAAAUAUUGAAGAAUAAAAAAGAGUCAGACCAAACACUCAUUUCACGACUUUAUGAAAGAAAGAACGAGUUUAAAGGAAGUCUGCCAAAGAAGAAUCCUGCCAAAGAAGAGUUCAAGUAUCCGACAAAGUCGUAUAGAGUUGAUGAUAUGAGUAACAGAUUGCUAAAAGUUUUUCGAACAAUUUUCCAAACAAACGAUACAAAGAUCCAAACAGAUGUGUUUAAAUACAAGAAUUCCGUUUCAACAAAGCAAUUGCAUGAGGACGUAAAGCUUCUAUUGUCACAUGAACAAGAAAAUAGUAGUUUCGCAAGUAAAUAUGCGGCAGCUCAAUUGUGGAGUAAACGACAGAAGGAUAUUGCAUCCCAGUUGCAAAGUAGAUACAAAAUCGUUAGUGACUCAAGUCAGGCACAUACAACUCCUAUUCCUCAAAAUGAAACAUUUCACAUACUUCCACCCACAGCAAAAUCAAGAAGUCUUUUUUUGCAUUUGGUGUCGCUAAUUAUGCACUACAUCCCACGCGAAGAGAUCUCAAGUUCAUUUCAGCUACCACAAGACUAUGCUGAUUUUUUUAAUAUUGUUGCACGUGUUUGGCUCGUAGAUUACCCAACAAGGGUUGUCGCCCUUUAUGCAGCCGGCAAUAGCAUGAGCAUGUUUUCACAGGACAUCAUUGAAAGUGGUGAGAAAGAGGCAGUUAUUGCCAAGGGGGUGUCAUUGAAUGUGUGUCAAGACCUUUUUGAUACUUUUAGGAAGACGGUUAGUGACGGUGGCUUAAAUUGGCAAGAGAAGGAUUAUUGGCUUUUGAAAGAUCAGGAAUUGUGGGUUGAAAAUUUAACGAUCACAUACAACGAAAUUUUUGUUUCGUUGAGACAGUCCCUCGCAAAGAUUUUCAACUUGCAUGAUAAACCAAGAUUUGGACCUUACCUUGAGUUUCUUGCAGCCAAUAUAGAAACAGACUCUUUAUUUCAUCGCAUUGAAAAAUCAGGGUUGCCAAAGAAGUGGGAAAAAAGAUUAACUAAAGCACUCUUGAAAGUGGCAGGAAGGAGGUACGAGGAGUACAUGGAGAAUUUACCUCGUGACGAGACAUUGAAUGUGCUUCAUUUAUUAGACAUAUGUGACAAACUUAUCGGAGACAUUAAAAAUCUCCAGAAAAAAUACAAGAAUCCAUUUUUGGGCUUUUUGCCCGUGGCAAAGACAGUGGCAUCAAUUACAACGGGAAUGUUUGCCAGUGAUGCCAAAAUGAUUCUAAGUCACAUCCAGAAUUCAUGUAAAAGAAGGAAUGAGACGAUACCAGUAAGCGAUGCCCUAGAGGUAUACAAACUGCUCCAGGAAGUGAGGGAUAUCUACUAUCAAGUUACACCCAAGAACCCCAAGUUUCAAUUUGAUUUGGAAGCAUUUUUCUUCCCGUUUUUGAAUGCGUGGGCAGAGGAAUCAGACGAGAAACUAAGAAAUAUUGUCAGUGAGGCGUUGAAAAAAGAUGAUUAUCAACCCAUAGAGUUAGAGGAGAGUAGUAAGCGAAACAGUCGAGCUGUGUUGGACAUUUUCACCAUCAUCAGGCAAUACUUUGCGAUUUUAAACAAACAAGGAUGGCAAGACGAAUUCCAGACCCUGAAAAUAUACACCAAGCUUUUGCAGAGCAUAUCCAAUUGUGCUUUAUUUUACUCUGAGCAAAUUACAACAAAGAUUAAUCGUGAACUCACAGUUAUUAAAGGCGAAACUGAGGAGUUACCAGAAGCUAGAAAGAAUUGGCUUAAUGAAGUUAAAAGUGUGGUCAACAGCAUUCAAAACAUCAACAGAGCAGAGCCGGCUGUAGUGUACAAUUUUGAAGCCGAGACUUGCGUAGCACUUAACAACAUAGCCGCAAUGAUAGAUCAUCUAGCCAAGCUCGAAGAAUGGUUGGAUCCUGAGUCCAUAUCACGUUCGUUAUCAACCUACGAACCCGAUUCACAAAACAAUUUCCUAAGCCACGUGUUUACAGUACGGGUAAUCAAAGCAGAAAACAUUAUACUAUCAAAAGAUUCCACGUUUGGGAGAACAAACCCAUAUGUACAACUAGUUGAUCUCAGUAGUAAAAAGUCUAUUGGCAAAACUAGAGUUUUGAGGCGCACAUCGGAUCCUGAAUGGGAUGAAGAGUUUGAGAUAACAAUUCCAGCAAACACUGCAUUGGAAUUGUCGGCAGUAGUUUGGAGUGAAAGCAUGGGACAGCAUCAAAUCUGUGGCAAGGCAUUUUAUGAACUCAACCCAAAGAAGUUUAAACACAAUGGUUUCCCUGAGGAGUUAACUCUAGACCUUGAUAUUCUGGGUAAAUUAAUAAUUGAAGUGGCGGUUGAGAGUGAGACUUUGGAUGCAAUGUUUGUCAUGGGUAGAGCGUAUAGAGCAUUGAAGAGAGCUGAAGAAAAGUCCAUCAAGUCCAUGGUUGAAAAGUUUCAAGGUUUCAUUGAAGAAUGUUUCUCAAAGGCAAAUUUGAAAGCUGUUUGUGCCAAGGGACAACCAUCGACAUUGCAAUUCGAAGAGUCGAUAGAGAACUUGUGCGACUACUUAAAUUUGAACUUAAGCACUCUCAAAACAUAUUUGAGAGAUGACCUAUUCAUGGAAGUAAUGUUAGCUACCUGGAAUAUUGUAAUCAAAUGCGCUGAUGAGUUAUUGUUGCCCAAAUUAUCAAAAGCAAAAAUUGACGUUGAUUCGAGUACUUGGCUGGCAAUGUCGUCCAAGUUUGCCAACGUUUCAAUUUCUACAAAGGCAAUGUUUGGCAUUGACAGCCCUUUGAGCAUUGUUGAAAUAGAGACGGUUCUACGCUGGUUAUAUCUAUUGACCGAGUUUUUCCACAAUGAAGGAAAUGGUCCGCCAAUGGAAGACUUGAAAACAGAAAAAUAUCAAUCGCUUUUGUUGAUACCGGCAUACUAUGAUCAAUCAGAGGACGAGUUGGUUGAAGAGGUGGAAUUUCUUUCUCCCGGAUACGUCCAAAUGCUCACCAAUCGAAACCAACUGAGUUAUGAAGGGCCCAUUGGGACCGUUAAAAGAGGCGUUACUUUAAGCAGAAGCAAAACAAUGUAUGCCAGUGCCACUGCAAAGAAUAGAGCUCUUGCUGAAAAGGAGAAGAAAUUCGCCAAAACCGACCCCGAUUCUAACAUGGUGUUGAAGGAGGAUAUAAUUCUUCGAAUUCUUUUCGCUCGUGGACAAAAGGACUUUGUUCGAGUGAGAUUGAACCAACGUGCCAAAUUGGCAUACAGUUUGGCAACGGAAAGAAUGGCCCGAAUAGCUGCAGAAAGGAGAGCGUAUAAAUGA